AUGCUGAAAAGCCUUAACCGGAAAACGCUGCUGCUUGCGAACGUCGCAUCAGCAUGCAUUAUCCUGUACGCCCUGAAGAAAUACAGCCCUGAAAAGACGAAUAAAAUUUUGCACCAAAUUGAGGGGAUGCACAGAAGUCAGCUGAAAUUUGAGCAGUGGAUUUACUUAUAUGGCUUGUACAAGCAAAUAACCGCAGGAGACAUGAACCAAGAUGCGGAUGAUUCAGACAAGCCAUUGAACGCAGAAUGCAGUGGAGACAAAGAAACACUCACCAAAAGAGAAAGAGAAGGGAACCGCUACCUAAUGGAUGCCAAAUUAAGCGCCUGGAAGCAUUGCCACGGAGUAAGUAAAAGAGUAUGCAAAUUUCUCUACGUGCAAUUUGUAGAGAAGAUCCUUCCCCAGGAGAUAAAAAAGGAGAGUGUCAAUGUAUCGUUCGAUUUUACGAAGACGAUGAGUAAGAUGAAGCCACUGGCGGAGAUGCUCACGGGAGUUGCAGAGGGGAGUUACCCUACUAGCAAGGACAACACCGAUAGUACAAGCAAUUUGAGUGACCUCCUCUGCAAAAACGUAGUGCAGGCAAAUCUGCAGUAUAUAAAGAGUGCACUAAAAAGUAACCCACAGUUAAUAAAUAAGAGAAACUCAGAUGGACUGUGCGCUCUGCAUUAUGCUUGCGAUAGAGGGUACCUAGACAUAGUGAAAACGUUAAUCGAGUUUGGCGCUGAUGUGAAUGCACACGACUCUUGUGGAGACACUGCCCUUCACAUUGCCGCGUAUUCAGGGAAGACGGACAUUAUUAAGUAUUUAACCAGCGCGGGUGCUGAUAUUAAUAGGAAGAACUCCGAGGGGUUGACUUUCAACUCGAUACUUAGUCAGGAGGCGGAGUUGUAUUAG